AUGGCAACGGAGAGCCCCGCCAAAAAGCUCAAGAUGGACGGCCCCCCAUUGAUUGGCACUCACAGUGGCCACUUCCAUGCUGACGAGGCUCUUGCUGUCUCUAUGCUCCGUCUCCUUCCUACCUACGCCAACUCGCCUCUCGUCCGCACCCGCGACCCUGACGUCUUGAAGACAUGCCACACCGUUGUCGACGUAGGCGCCGCAUAUGACGAGAACGCAAGGCACUUCGACCACCACCAGCGCGAAUUCGCCACCACGUUCCCCGGUCACUCAACCAAGCUAUCCUCCGCUGGACUUGUAUACAUGCACUUCGGCAAGGAUAUCAUCUCAGUCGUUACUGGUCUACCACGUGGCGCUGACCUCGACAUCCUCUACGAGAAGAUCUACACCGACUUUAUUGAGGCCUUUGACGCCAAUGACAAUGGUGUGAAUGCGUUUGACCCCAAGGCUGUGGAAGCCGCAGGUCUCACCAAGCAAUUUGAAGACCGUGGGUUCAGCAUUGCCAGCGUGGUCAACCGCUACAACUACUCCGUCUCCAAGGCUAAAGAUGAGAGCAAGAGCAAAGAACUGUUGCAACAAGAGGAAGACGCCCGUUUCGCAAAGGCCUCUGCGUUCGUCGGCGAGCAGUUCAUCAUCGAGCUGACCGACCGUGCUACUGCCUGGCUCCCCGCUCGCAAUACCGUCAAGCUCGCAUACGAAGGACGUCUCCAGUAUGAUCCUCAAGGCCGCAUUUUGGUCCUUCCCGAUGGCAUGCCCUGGGCGGAUCACCUCUACACUCUCGAGAAGGAAUCGCCAAUUCCUGACGGUAUCGCUCCGCAAGUGCUCUAUGUCCUCUUCCCGGAAACCAAGGAGCCAGAUAGCAAGUGGCGCAUCCGUGCCGUCAGCAAAGAGAAUGGUGGCUUCCAGAACCGCAAGGACCUGCCUGACCCAUGGAAGGGCGUUCGUGACGAGCAGCUUUCCGAAGUGUCAGGUGUUCCAGGCGGUGUCUUCGUGCAUGCCGCUGGUUUCAUCGGCGGUAACAAGACAUUCAAAGGCGCCUUGGACAUGGCUAAGAAGGCUUGUGAGUUUUAG